AUGAAUCCCAUUUCUCGUAUCACCAAGUACGGGUUCUUUGAGUUCGCCAUCCGCAUUGGAAGCGACUAUCCCGUCAAGCCACCAAAAGUCGACGCGAAGACUACAAAUCAUGGCCGGUGCAGGUUCAAUCCCAACAUCUACGCAGCUGGCAAGGUCUGUCUAAGCAUACUCGGUACAUGGCAAGGCGAGAAGCCUGGUGAAGAAUGGUCGCCGGCUCAGGGCGUGGAGUCGAUCCUCAUCUCAAUACAGAGCCUGAUGUCCAACAACCCGUACGAGAACGAGCCCGGCUACGAGAAUUGCAAGAGCAAGGAGGACAAGAAGCUCAAUGAGGCUUAUUGCGCAAAGAUAAGGCAUGAGACCAUCCGAAUUGCUGUCAUACAAAAGCUGGAGGAAGCCAUGGGCAUUUCCAGCAUAAAUGGGUCUGCUGUGGGAGUGAAGCAAGAUAUUGCAGCCCGUGAUGCCUGGGAGUCUGACGACGACGAUGGUCCCGCAAUGCACCAUGACGACAUCUCUAAGAAGAAGAAAUUAGACGACACCAAAUUCGAACCCUUCAUCGAUCUCUUCAAAAGACGCUUCCUCUGGUGGUUCGAACAUUACAUGAAUACUGUCGCGACAGAGAUGCCCAAGCACAAAGACGGGAAAGCCUUCGAGAAGAUGCCGUUCGAGUCCGGUCACAACGGCAUGGACGGUCAAUUCGGCUACAAAGACCUACAGAAGAGACUACUCUCGCUCAAAGACGCACUCCAAAAGGAGACAGAUGGUUGGGCACAAGAAGGCAAGCGGCUCAAAGAGCAGGAGUCCACCAAAGCCGCCAACAUACAGCGCCAAUUCGAGCAGCUGAACGAGAACCCUCGCUUCCCCGAGGAACAACCCCGCGUGACCUUCCUGACACCAAUCUACCACCAUCGGGUGUCCAAGGAUGGCGUCCUCUGCUAUUUUCCGCAAAAGCCCGACGAGCUGGCUGAUCACGUCGCCAAGGUUGUGGAGUCGAUCGAGGAGGAAGGACGAUACGAUCCGCGUACGAUCGUACGUCCAGAGGCGUCCAAGCUGCUCUGGAGUAGUGACGAUGCUGACAAGCAGAAGUAUCGCAAGCAUGUACGAAGAUCUGCACAGGACAGCCUGGAUGCCUAG